AUGGAGUCUAAAUUAGUAGAUAUCAUUGCGCAUACCUUCAAACUUCCACCUGAAUGUAAAGAAAAUGGAGAGGUUAUAGGAAAACAAACGACACCAUCAAUCUACAUGGUUCCUAGCUUGGUCAGAGAUCUGAGCCCAACCUCUUUUAGCCCUAGGGUGGUCGCCAUUGGACCUCUUCACAGACAAGAUGAACAUCUACAAGAAUACGAAGUUCAAAAAACAAUUUAUUUACAUAAUAUGUUGCUUCGUUUAGGUAUGGUGCCAGAGCAAACAUUGCGAAAAUGUGCUGAAAAGGUGAUUCAUUCAAUAGAAAGUAUCAAGACAUGUUAUGCAAGGUCGAUGUCAUACUCCGAUUCUGAGCUUGCUAAGAUGAUGGUAACAGAUGGGUUUUUCAUACUUGAGUUUAUUUCUAGUCUUUCAAACUCAUCAUCCGAGACUAACUUGUUAAUUACUCCAAACAUAUUGAUUACUCGAUCAAUAAUUCAUGAUCUCCUGCUGAUAGAAAACCAAAUCCCGUUUUUUGUUCUUGAAAACAUCUUCGAGUGCACUAUUUUAGCAUCUGAAAAGGGAGCCUCACUUACCAAGCAUAUUGAAGAACUUGUAAAGUAUUACUACUUAUUUCUAGGAAAUAGAGUAGUACCCCGUGCUUCAACCCCUGAGCACAUUCUUGGCUUUGUACACAAAUAUUAUCAGCCUGUGGAACCCAUGCCACCGGUGUCUUUAUUAAGUUGCAAAGGCCACUCAGCCAUGGAAUUGGGUAGGGCAGGGGUGAAGUUUAAGCCUAAUGAUGAAGAUCCAAAUUGGGCAAUGGCCAUGAAACUGGAAUCAACCUCAUGGUUCCCAAAUUUCACGACCAUUCCCAGAUUUUCAUGGUACAGAAGGCCAACUCUGAGGAUGCCAAAAGUGCGUAUAGGCGAUUACAGUGAACUGAUUUUAAGGAACCUGAUUAUGUAUGAGCAUACUCCUGGUGUUACGAAAUAUGUUACAUCAUUUGCUUGUGCCAUGGAUAUGCUAAUUGAUACUGGAGAGGAUGUUGCCUUGUUGAAAAAAUCAAAAGUCCUUGCAAGUUAUUUUGGUUCAAACGAGGAUGCUGCAAAUAUGAUAAACAAGUUGAGCAAAAACUUUACGUGCCCAGAGUUCUUUUAUGAUCAAGAGUGGAAACAAAUGGAUGCCUACUAUAAUAGUUAUUGGCCCCAUACAUUUGCAGGAUUGAAACGCACGUAUUUCAAUAAUCCGUGGAGUGUCAUUGCCCUGCUUGCUGCAUUCGUCUUGUUUACUCUUACUAUAACUCAGACAAUCUUUACUAUCAAGGUCGCAUAA